AUGCGCAUAGAAGUAUCAUCGGUAAGUGCCCCCGAAAUCAAGGAUACCAUGGCAGUCACCUUUGUCAUACAGUCUUUGCAUGACGGGAUGUUUGAAUCGGAUUUUAGCGAGUGUAAGGGUAUAGAUAAACCACUGUUUCUACAGAACAAUAAGAUUAUGAAAGCCACAGAAAAGUCUGUAAGCUUGCUGGACGGUCACUAUCAGAUGCCGCUGUCUUGGAAAGUCGACUGGAGGAACCUACCUAGUAAUAUAAGUGUAGUGGAGACACGCUUGUCUAUUUGA